GUCUCUGACGUCAUGGGAUGUUGCCGGACGUGGAGCUUCCAUUGGUGAAUCGAUCCGCAUCAUCACGAUCGAACCGUCUCUUGUGCAGCAUCCCGAACCGAACCCGCUCAGAACGCGACCCAGAGUGAACAUGUGAUUGACCUCGUCGUGACCUCAGAGUCCGCGUGAAGGAGAGACAAAGAGAGGACGUUACGUCAGCUUCAACUGUCAACUGCCGCUGCACGCGCUCGACACCUGUCCUCCCCGGUUAGCGCUGCUCUGUCGCCGCUAUGGGCGGCUCUCUCCUCCCGGUGCUCGUCGUCGUGCUGUCCGCCCGGUCGGCUGUCGGCGAACCGGCGGGAUCCGCUCAUGUCGACGGAGCCCCGCCUUCUAAAAUAGCGGUGGUCGGGGCGGGGAUAGGAGGCAGCGCCACGGCCCAUUUCUUACGGCAGCACUUUGGGCCCGAGGUCCAGGUGGACGUGUUUGAGAAGGGGGAGGUUGGAGGUCGUCUCGCCACCGUCACCGUCAAUCACAAUGACUACGAGUCCGGAGGUUCCAUCAUUCACUCGCUCAAUCUCCACAUGCAGGAGUUUGUCAAAGUGCUGGGUCUGAAGUAUCGUCGCAGCGUGGCGGGUAAGACGGCUGUGUUUAACGGCGAGGAGGUGAUUCUGGAGGAGACCGACUGGUAUUUGCUGGACCUGUUCCGGCUGUGGUGGCGCUAUGGCAUCAGCUUCAUACGCCUGCAGAUGUGGGUGGAGGAAAUCAUGGAGAAAUUCAUGAGGAUCUACAAGUACCAGGCUCACGGCUACGCCUUCAGCUCGGUGGAGGAGCUGCUGGACUCUCUGGGAGGGAGUGGCUUCAUCAACAUGACCCGCAGGCCGCUAUCUGAUUCUCUGUUGGAGCUGGGCGUGUCGCAGCGCUUCAUCGAUGAGGUCAUCGCGCCUGUCAUGAGGGUCAACUAUGGACAGAACGUCAGCAUCCCCGCCUUUGUAGGCGCUGUGUCUUUAGCUGGUGCCCAGAACAACCUGUGGGCGGUGGAAGGCGGCAACAAGCUGGUGUGUUCUGGCCUGCUGAAGAUGGCCAACGCUAACCUGCUGCAAGCACAAGUCAGCUCCGUCUCCCCGGUCUACUCAGCUGAGGCUCCCCAGUACCAGCUGAGCUACACCACAGAAGCCGGGACUGGAUCAGAGAUAUAUGACAUUGUCGUGCUGGCAACACCUCUCCAGGAAAGUGUCAAGUCCGGAGUGCAGUUCCAAGGUUUCACCCCUCCCUUUGACCAGCUCACAGGGACCUAUCACAGCACUGUAGCAACCAUCGUCCAUGGUUACCUCAACACCUCUUUCUUUGGAUUCCCGGACCCCCGCCUGUUCCCCUUUGCCAGCGUCUUGACAACCGAGACACCCGAUGUGUUCUUCAACAGCGUAGCGAGCGUUUGUCCCGUCAACAUCUCGGCUGGCUUCCGGCGGAAGCAGCCACAAGAGGCCGGAGUCUAUAAAGUGUUCUCAUCACAACCUCUGGAAAAGGCUCAACUUAAAACGCUCUUCAGGUCAUACUACUCAGUGCAGGUGACGCAGUGGCAGGCCUACCCCUCUUACGGCAGCACCCUCGGACUGCCACCUGUGGAGCUCCACCCCAAUCUUUACUACCUCAACGGCAUCGAGUUGGCCGGCAGCGCCAUGGAGAUGAGCUCAGUGGCUGCCAAGAACAUUGCCCUGCUGGCUUACCACCGCUGGAACAGGCAGACGGACAUGGUGGACCAGAGAGACCUGAUGCACAGGAUCAAGACUGAACUAUGACGUGGCCACAACACGCUUCAGCAAAGUUACUCCCAAAUGUCUGGAUGUAGGGAAGCAGAGAGAGGGCUUCUGGGUAAUUGUAGCUGUUAUGUGCACACAUCUAAAGUCUUCGAGUAAAUCUCCAGCUGGAAUUAGGGUACUAAACUUCAUGACUUGUGAGAAGUCUCCAGUAUAUUUGAAAACACAUCCGAAACAAUAUAAUUCAAUGAUAAAUAAUGAAACAUACCAACUCUAAAACGCCGCUGUCCACAUGGCAGUUUGAUUUCUCUGACUGCUUCGUUUUCUGUGCCAGCGACUUUACAGAUAUAUUGAACAUUUUCAGUAUUGGUCGAGGAUUGAUUGCUAAUGCUAAUUAGUGGAUUCCUCUAAAACAGUUCAGCUGCAGGCAGCCAAGAAAACAAGCAGAGUAACAGAGAGAACACCAGCGAGUAUUAAUCUCAAUAAAAUGGAAAUUCACUGGGGGUUUUUGUUUAGGUGCUGUUGAAUGAACAUCAGUUAUUAUGAGUGCCAGUCUGAGAUCCCCUGUACGCGUCUGUGUAAAUAAACGAUCCUGUGAAGAAGCCAAGGAACACUUGAGAACCAGGAAUAAGAGCAUGACGAGGCAGCUGAGAGAUAGGAUACAGACCAGUGCAGUAACUCUGCCGUUAGGCACAAACACCAGCACUCAGUCAUAUGAUAAAAAAACAAAUGCAGCACUGCUACCAUCCAUACAUUUUAAAGACUGUUAAUGGACUCGCUGUUGGCGUGAACUGUACCGAGGAGAUCUCAUUUGUAAAUUAAAAUCAUUAUUCAGUGACUCAUGCUAGUGGCCACUGGUGCUAUGCUCUGUUGCCCCUUUCAUCAGACUGUUUCAUUAUCUCUCCCCUUCCUGCUGCUUUUGUUGCAUAAUCCAGCGGAAAGAAUUUUUUUCGGGGAAUGGAGCCAACAAGCUUUCACACUGGACCAAAUAAAAGCAGAGGACAGAUCCAUGGAGCUGCUGCUGCUGCUGGUGGUGAUGAUGACACUCGUGUAGAUUCUGCAUUUUUAAUUAGCACUGUAAUCUUAAAAAAAAAAAAAACACACACACUCACAUGGAGAAUUGUAUUCGGACAGAAAUGGCAAGUGCUAAAAGAGAUGUGAUGCUUGCGGUGAUGAAACCCCUGACUGUUGAUUAUCCUCAUUAGACUUUGAGAAUGUCUUGUUUUAUUCAGCACUUACUUAAAACACUGGAUUUAUGCAUUCAAAAAAACUUUAUUUAACUGUUGUCGAAUGAAAACCUUGUGACUCCAAAGGGCUUCAGUUGAUGGAUAAUGUGAUUGUGUCAUGUGAGAAAAAGGCUACAACCCUUUAAUCUGAUGAAAUUGUCUCAGUGGAGGUGAAAUGAAGGCUGUUAAUCUUCGGUUCUUUUUUUAAAUUCAAAGUUUUUAGCUGCAGCUUCUGUGUAGAGCAGUCGAUCUGUUCUAUCAGCUGGACAUUUGAUAUUCUGUAAAACAAAAACACAUUGUGAAUUGACAAAGUGAUUCAAUGUCCUUUUACUCGCUUUUUUGUACUUUCAGUUGUGUUUUCUGGCUGGAUUUGACUCUGUUGACAUUAUUUCGCCUAUAGCAUCUUGUGGGCUUGAGUCAUCAGUGUGGGCAUAAAGGUUACACAUGAUAAAAACAGCGCCAUGCGGUUUUGGGAAAGCCUAGUAAGUGCACUCUGAGAAUCUUUUUCCACGUUCAUGUUCGACUUCUGAAAUCAAAAUUCUGAAAGUAGCUUCGAGUUAAAAUGCCGUGUGACUGGCAACAUGUAACCACUGUCGCUCUACAGGCAUCACACAGCGCGUCGACAUAUAUCAUCUGCCUGAUAAACACAAUAAUGCAGCUGUUUAAAAUGCAUGAUGUCCAAUAUCCUGACUGUUACUACAAUAAAAGCUUUGGAUGGUU